CACUCUGAAGGUGAAUGACUGGAGAGAGUGCAAGAGGACACAGCAAGAAGAACAUACAUCUGCUUUGUUUGUAAAAAAGUUUAAUAGUUUUCAUGGUCGUACACUGCAGUUAUACCUCCUAUCAAACCUAUAUAGCGAUACUGUGUGUGCUUUUACUCGUGCGAGGGUUAAUUCAUAGGCUUUCACGAUGCAUUUGCAGAACAUGACCUACAGUAAAUAUCGCGAGCGUCUGUUACAAGUCGAGGGAAUUCUACACACGGGAGCCUGGAUAAAUACACACGUCUUCUUUAGUUUGGGUUCAUAUAUCCAUUGCAUUCCGCCCGAAAUGUAGUUGUGUAUCUCCGGGUUCUGCUGAAAUAAAGACGGGCUAGUUCUGGGGGAUUUUCAGCGUGGUAUGAUACUGCGUGCGUUUGCACCCUGGGGAGAGCCGUGAUUCACCGGAGUAAUGUGUAACUUGAGGGGGGCGGGGUUUCUAAACUCGAAUCUGCCCCCUAACUUUGUGAUUGACACCCGUAGAUUGCUCCUCCCAAAACUUUUUUUCCUUCGUUUUUCACAGUGCCUUGCGUUGAUUCCAUACUUUACAUUCCAGCUUUACUGUCAAACCAGGAGACGUAUUUAUUGAAAAUAAAAACACAAGGCAAAAUAAAUAAAGAAAUAAACGAUUGCGACUCGUAAGCGCCCAUCUGUCGCUGGAUUUAGACAGACACGGUGUUCUAAAGGCCUCCAGCCCGUGCUCUCCGUCUGGCCCAGGAGGAGCCGCCACCAUUGCGUCGAACGAGUGGAGCGCGAACGGCAGCCCAGAGGAGGGGCGGGACGAUGGGGCCGAGGGGCUGGACAAGUCCAUGGAGGGGGAUGCCGAGGGGGUCUGGAGCCCUGACAUUGAGCAGAGCUUCCAGGAGGCACUGGCCAUCUACCCGCCCUGCGGCCGACGCAAGAUCAUCCUGUCCGACGAGGGCAAGAUGUACGGUCGCAAUGAGUUGAUAGCGAGAUAUAUCAAGUUACGGACAGGAAAAACCCGCACAAGAAAACAGGUAUCUAGUCACAUACAGGUGCUAGCGCGGAAGAAAGUCCGGGAGUACCAGGCUGGAAUUAAGGUUUCUAGCCAUUUGCAGGUUCUUGCCAGGAGAAAAUCUCGCGAGAUUCAGUCAAAGCUGAAGGCAAUGAACCUGGAUCAGGCUUCGAAAGACAAGGCCCUCCAGAACAUGGCUGCUAUGUCGUCGGCACAGAUCGUGUCUGCGAGCGUGAUGCAGAACAAACUGGGGCUCCCCCCUCUACCCCAGCCCUCCUACCCCCCGCCGGCCAGGUUUUGGACCGGGCCCAUCCCAGGCCAGCCCGGACCUUCUCAGGACAUCAAACCGUUUGCACAGCCAGGGUACUCCCUUCAGGGCCCAGUCCCGCCUCCGAUAUCCGUAGGUUACGAGCCCAUGGCUACACCCCUGCCCCCUGCAGCCACAGCAGUCCCUGUGUGGCAGGACCGUACCAUCGCCUCCACGAAACUACGCAUGCUGGAGUACUCGGCCUUCAUGGAGGUGCAGCGAGACCCCGACACGUACAGUAAGCACCUGUUUGUGCACAUCGGCCAGACGAACACGUCCUACAGUGACCCGCUGCUGGAGGCCGUGGAUAUCCGGCAGAUCUACGACAAGUUCCCCGAGAAGAAGGGGGGCCUCAAGGAGCUUUACGAGAAGGGCCCGCAGAACGCUUUCUUCCUUGUCAAGUUCUGGGCGGAUUUGAACAGCACCAUGCAGGACGGGCCCGGAUCCUUCUACGGGGUCAGCAGCCAGUACAGCAGCGCCGACAACAUGACCAUCACCGUCUCCACCAAAGUGUGCUCCUUCGGCAAGCAGGUCGUGGAGAAGGUGGAGACAGAGUAUGCUCGAAUGGAAGGAGGGCGCUUUGUGUACAGAAUCCACCGCUCUCCCAUGUGUGAAUACAUGAUCAACUUCAUCCACAAGCUGAAGCACCUCCCCGAGAAGUACAUGAUGAACAGUGUGCUGGAGAACUUCACCAUUUUACAGGUCGUUACAAACAGGGACAGUCAGGAGACCCUGCUGUGUAUAGCCUUCGUGUUCGAAGUGUCCACGAGUGAACACGGGGCGCAGUACCACGUCUACAGGCUCGUCAAGGACUAGGGGUCCUGCGGGGGAGCUGGCCACCACGCUGCCUGAAAAAAAAAAAGAUUUGUAAAACCAAAACAAAAAACUAUUUUAUAGCACAGUGGGUAUUUUGUACUUCAGUAUCAAUUUUGUAAAAUAGGAAAUGUAUGAAGUUUUUUAAAAAAACAAAAAGAACUAUGCACUAUUUUGUGUAAGGGCAAAUCUUUUUUUUUUGUUUUGUUUUUUUGUUUUGUAUUUAAACAGGUUGCAUCAGUAAUGUUCCUUUUAAAAAUAUAUCUUUUUUUCAGGGAUGAUGUUAAUAUUAGCUUCUGCGUUGAGGGAAAAUAAGAAGGUACGGAGAAAAAAUAAUGUGUGAGAAAAGACGAGGAGAAAAGUGACACAAAGGUCUGGUUUAUCUGCAGCAUCCAUACCUCUCCAAUCAGGCAAAAUGAGAAGACAGCUUGCUUUUAAACAGCACAUGAAACAGUCAGGGGAAGGACCACCAACGUGCAGCAUUACAAAUCUGACAUCCUUUUCCCUUCAAUUUUGAAAUGGACACUUCAGCUAAUGCGCAUCGCUCUAAAAGAGGCUGACUUCUAGACCAUGUGAGGUUCUUUUUUUUUUUUCCCAGAUCCACAAUAUAUACACAAAGUCAUAAUAUUAGACGUGGGUGAUGUCACAUUCGGGUGCCUCCUUUGCAUUAGCUUUUAUGUUGAAGAAAGCUGGCAGCCUUAAUUAGGCUUCUCAGCCCCUGUGUGCCCCAGCUCUCUCUUCACCAGGAGGGUCCAUAUAUUUUGGCUACGGAGAUCUUUUCAUUUCAUACACAUACAGACAGGAUAACACACUCCUCCUGAAGACGUUUCAGUACAAAUAAACCCUGUUGUGUUGCCAGUAUUGGGACGAUGUGGCAGGUGGGUCUGUUUUAAUUGCAUGAGAAACUCUUGAGCACAGGCACACAAAGCCUGCUUGAAUUGUUCUGUACCAAGCGGGAGAGACAUUUGUGAUGCAAACGAACGGUACUGCACAGCGACGGUCCUCUUAACGGCUUGAUUAAUAAUAAGUUGCACUCCGGGACUCUGUUAAUAUCGGUGAUUAAACGGGGCUCUAGCGGGUCAGCCCAUGUCUUGCUCCCCGUUUUCAUUUCCCUAGGCUGUGCUGACCUCUAGCGGAAUGCCCUCGGCACUGAAAAAAAGACACAGCACACUGGUCUUGACUAAUGUAUUUUGCUUUUUUUUUUCAAAUAUCUAAUGUGAACUGUCAGUGUAUGUUUGUGCCACGCUUUUGACACAGUGACUGUCCGGCACCCAGGUCAGUUUGUCCUGCACCCGGACGGUCAGUGUAUUAUGAAAUCCUCUUUCUUCCACCUGCUCGCUUCUCUGUACAGUAUUUCAGAACACACGUGUAAUGCCCACAAAGAACACUGAAGUAGCUAAAUCCCAGGAAGCGGGAUAUCAGAUCUAGAACUGUGACCUUUUAAUCUCUAAACUCAGCUUUGAGGUUUUGGAUUUUAUGUUGUAUGCUUUUAUCUAAAACGUUUAACUACAGGAGUUGUCUUUUUAAAAAUGGCAUCAUCUUCUGGUUGCUUUUUGAACAUUUUCUGACACUAAAAAAAAAAAAAAAAACUACUACCACAUCUUGAAAGAGGGUAAUGUGCCUUUUCUAUGCAGUGUAGAUGAAAUGUAUUAAACAAACUGUCUUUACACAAAGUGAAUGGUUGCUUUAGGUGAGGCUGUGGAGCGAAGGGAGGAUAUGUUACAUAGGAAGUCUGGGGGCCUCUGUGUAUUUUCUGUGCUGUGAAUAACACUCAGAACUGUAAGUCCGAGCAGCACAGAUCCUGUUGUGUGUCGUAGAUCUGCCACACAACUCCACGAGAGGGGUGUGCGCACCAAAGAAGCAUCCUCUGACUAUCGGGGGUUUGUGUGAGGGGACAGAUACCAGAAUUAUUUGGAUGUUUAUGUUCAUCCAUAGUUUAAACCUAUUCUAGUGAGGAUUAAAAGCUAACUUUUUUUUUUUAGUUCCAUUUUUUUUUAGAUUUUUUUUAAAACAAAUUGUAAACGUGGCUAAAUUGUCAAACGUGUGUCUUGGUUUAAGAAAGAUAUUCAUGAGCGAUGCCUAACGGAGUUUAUUGUACUGUAUAGCACUUCCUAAUACAGUAGCCCUGGCCACUAGGGGGUGCUGUUUGUACCUGGAGACAGUGCAAUCUCCUGGGCUGCUGUUUGACUGUGCCCCCCCCCCCCCCCAGCUCUCUGUGUUGUCAAGUAGCAAAUAAAAUGACAGCUCGGAACUACUCCUGAGCUGACCCACCGUUUAUUACCUGCCUCUCUACAGACACUGUCAGCUCUGUGCUGCUCCGCGACAGGAAACAACUUAUUUAAAGGGCUGGGGGAGGGAGGGAGGGGUAUUCUUCAGUUUCAGCAGCUUGUAACCAGAAACAAGUAAACAGGUGAGCUCACGCUUCUGAAUGUACUGCCUGGUGGGUCCAGCAGAGGGCGUGAUGCUGAAAUACACUACAAACAGCCCCAGAUGGAGGAUGAGCAGUGUCUGUGAAACAGAUUUCACCGAUCCCCAGCGAUGCCUGGCUCGCUUUUUCUAAACUUUUCAAACGGGCAGGCUUGUGCUCCUGUUAAAGGUGUGUGUGUGAGUGUGUGUGUGUGUGUGAGCUGGUAAUGAGCGAUGUUUAAAAUGUGUAUUGUUACGCUGACGGACGGAGGGAGGGAGGGAGGGGGGGUGUGUAUGUGGUGGUGCAGUCUGACCUUGGUUCUUACUAUUGUGUUGCAUUCUUGUAUAUUGUGUUGCCUAGACUGUGAGGGGUUGGAUCAUAUAAUCAGUGUAUUGUGUAUAAUCAUUCAAUAAAAAAGCAUGGUGUCUACGGAGCCAUUGUUUUUCUGAGACACAAUAAAUAUA